CAUUAAUUUUGCUUGUAUUUGUUUGUUUACAUUUAUCUCGGCAGCAGAAGCCAAAAACUUAGCUGAAAACUUUAGAGUUAAAACUUCAGAUGAACCAUGAUAAACCGAUGAAACAUGUGCCAGUCAGGACAGGACAGUAAUCCUAAGGUGUAGCGCAAUUUUCCUGCAUAGUUGCAAUGGGAGCAUUUAUGGUGGUUAAGAUGUUGCAAUUCUUGUUGGACUACAAUGAUGUAUAAGAGUUACCCCAUGUUUCCUCAUUUUAAACUCUUCCUUCUUUGUCUAUUUUUCUGUGCAAGCUUUUUAAGCUUUUCUUUAUAUUUAUUGCACCAUGGCAGUAUCUACUUUAUCAGAUAUGAUGUUCAUCAAUAUUUCAAAAAUGUUGACCGCAAAAAUGAUGUAAAAGAAUCAUUGGAUCACAACCUCCCACUCAUAAGAUGGGAUGGAUUUUCAAGCUAUGGUAAAUCUGAGGCCAGAGUCCAUGAGGAAUUGUACCGUACCCCACAGUAUCCAUUUUUACGUCAUCAGAGUCUUCAGCCUGUCAGAAAAUUGCCCGAUGCACUAGUGAUUGGAGUAAAGAAAGGUGGAACACGCGCUCUUCUAGAAUUUAUAAGGCUGCAUCCUGAUGUUCGAGCUGCUGGAUCAGAGAUACAUUUUUUUGACCGCCAUUACCCUAAAGGUUAUCACUGGUACAGGAAACAUAUGCCACCAACUCUUGAAGGGCAAAUAACAAUAGAAAAAACCCCUAGUUAUUUUGUCAUUAGAGAAGUCCCACAGAGAGUCUAUGAAAUGAACCCAGCCAUGAAAAUUCUUGUUGUUGUGAGAGAUCCUGUUACCAGAGCAAUUUCUGAUUAUACUCAAGUUGUGAGCAAAAAUACUACCAUACCUAAGUUUGAAGACCUGGCGUUUAAAAAUGGAUCACAAUUUGGAUUGGUUGACACUACAUGGAUACCCAUCAGAAUUGGUGUGUAUGUCAGACAUCUUGAACGCUGGUUGCAUUAUUUCCCAUUGAAACAGAUUCACUUCGUGAGUGGUGAAAGAUUAAUUGUGGAUCCAGCUGCAGAGAUUGCAAAUGUUCAGGACUUUUUAGGCUUGAAGCGUGUCAUUACUGAAAAACAUUUCUAUUUCAAUACGACCAAAGGCUUUCAUUGCCUAAAGAAAUCAGAAGGCCACUCUAGUCCCCACUGUCUUGGAAAAACCAAAGGCCGGAACCAUCCACCAAUUGAUUCAGCCGCCAUAGAACGUCUGCGGGAGUUUUACCGUCCUUUUAAUGUAAGAUUUUACCAGGUGACUGGUAUAAAUUUUGGGUGGCCAUAAACGCAGCAACAAUUAUGUGAAGAGUCAUUGUCCAAAUAAAUGGCACAUAAAUGGUAGAGAGAGUUGUCCAAUCUU